AUGUCGAUUCCUGCUGGUGUACCUCUAUCAGAAAUCCCUUCGCUUCAACCCCCGCCUGGAGUCACUCCCAAUUUCAUCAAUCCGCCUACUAUUGCACCCGCCCUCAUCGCCGUCAAUGGGGUGUUCCUCGCGUUAAUGCUUGUUGCCGCUGGGACGAUUGUUAGUGGCCCGACUGUUCAAGCCGGUUCAAUCGCCCAUACAGGUGUGAUUAUCGAACAGACAAAGCAUGGAUAUGGAAAACAUCUGUGGGAUGUCCCUCUAUCCGUACUAACGAAAAGCGACGUUCACGUCCUUCUUGCAGAGAAUGUCACCGGUCAACCAACAACAUUUCUUAUCAAAUUAUCUAUCAUGCUGCUCUACUUCCGAAUCUUCGCGGUAAAUCAAACGAUGAGGUACUGGAUAUUGGGUGGGAUCGGAUUGCAGGUAGUUGUUUACACUGCCACCACGGCUUGCGCUAUCGCCCUCGAAUCAGUCUGCACCGCAGAAUCUGCUGGGACGAACAGCUUUUGUGUCAACCAGUACAAGAAUACUGUCUUUCAAGCCGUCUUCAGUUUCACAACAGACCUCUAUGUCCUAGUUCUACCAAUAAAAUCGGUUUUGAAUCUGCAGCUCUCACCACGUCGUAGGAUUGGGGUAAUGAUCCUUUUCGGAACCGGCCUUAUUGCUUGCGUAGCCAGCCUUGUGCGACUCAUCUCCACGAUUCAACAGGAACAUCUUCGUGACUCGACGUAUCAGGGGGCUUACAUUUCAAUCUUUACAGCCGUGGAAAUGAACACCGGCAUCAUCGCUGGAUCUCUGACAACUUUGCCUACAUUCUUGAAGAAAUCCGGAAUCGCAUCCUUCAAUCUCUCCACCUUAGAAUCUCUCAGAACUCAACUCUUCACUAGAAGCAAAGAUCCGCUCGAUGAUGGAUCUACCAAAUCAAACACUUUCUCGAAGAACCCUUUCAAGAAGAGCGAUAUGCAUCUACACGGCGACAAUUACAUCAAGCUUGGGAAGAUCAAAGUUACGUCUCUGGAUAAGCCGCAGCAUAACGCCAGUCAGAAUGAUGUCGAAACGGAUCAUUCUAAUGAGGGUAUCUUCAGGACCGAUGAGUUUGAUGUGGCUUACUCCGGGAAUGGCCGAAUGAAGGAGAAUAAUGGGAGGUGA